CCCUUCCUGGGGAGGAAAAAAAAGAGAGAGAGAGAGAAAAUCAAGUCGCAGCCGGCUUGGGCCGGUGUUGCGGGCGGGCGUGGGAGACGCUGAGGCUGCGAGGGCUUCCCCAGCUGUUUCCAACUGACCCAAGUGUGAAGUGAGGUGUGAACAGGGAGGCCUCUGACUGAGCCCGAGCCCACUGACUGCCCAGGAGAGAGGCCCUUGAGGACCUGGCCUGCAACAGACUGGCUGGAGGGUCCCCCACUGACUGAGGCCAUCCUGCCUGAAAGUCAGGAAACACAGGGGCCCUGGUUGUAUAAUAAGAGUACACUUGAAAAAUGCCUUGUCCUUAUCUGAAAACCCAGAUGGAAGAAUACCAGCCCUGAAGUUGCUUUUCUUAAAACUGGAAUGAAAGGUUUCUGAAAUUCUCUACCUAGGAGGAGUUAGAGAAAGACUUUCUGGCUAAGUAGAAGAAGCACACCCACUAAGAGAGAACCCAGUGCAGUGACCAGCACAGCUUGUGGAACCUGACACCCUUGACUCCUGGGAACGUGGAAGGAGUUGCUGCUCUAUGAAUUCCAUCAUUUUCUCAGGGUGUCUGUCUUUUUCUCCUAACUGCCUGCUUCUACUUAGAAAAUUCAAGCCUUCAGAUGCUGUUGCACUUAUCACUUUGCUCAAGGUUAAAGAAAACAAUUAUCGGGGACAUGGGGAUAGUGUGGACCAGCUUUGUUGGCACCCAAGUAAUCCUGACCUCUUUGUCACCGCGUCUGGAGACAAAACCAUUCGCAUCUGGGAUGUGAGGACUACUAAAUGCAUUGCCACUGUGAACACUAAAGGGGAGAACAUUAAUAUCUGCUGGAGUCCCGAUGGACAGACCAUUGCUGUGGGCAACAAGGAUGAUGUGGUGACCUUUAUUGAUGCCAAGACACACCGUUCCAAAGCGGAGGAGCAGUUCAAGUUUGAAGUCAAUGAAAUCUCUUGGAAUAAUGACAAUAACAUGUUCUUUCUGACAAAUGGCAAUGGUUGUAUCAACAUCCUCAGCUACCCAGAGCUGAAGCCUGUGCAGUCCAUCAAUGCUCAUCCUUCCAACUGCAUCUGCAUCAAAUUUGACCCCAUGGGGAAGUACUUUGCCACAGGAAGUGCAGAUGCUUUGGUCAGCCUUUGGGAUGUGGAUGAGUUAGUGUGUGUUCGGUGCUUUUCCAGGCUGGAUUGGCCUGUGAGGACCCUCAGUUUUAGCCAUGAUGGAAAAAUGCUGGCAUCAGCUUCAGAAGAUCAUUUUAUUGACAUUGCUGAAGUAGAGACAGGAGACAAGCUAUGGGAGGUGCAGUGUGAGUCCCCGACCUUCACCGUGGCUUGGCACCCCAAAAGGCCUCUGCUGGCAUUUGCCUGUGAUGACAAAGAUGGCAAAUAUGACAGCAGUCGGGAAGCAGGAACUGUGAAGCUGUUUGGGCUUCCUAAUGACUCCUGAUAGGGGGACCUGAUGUAGGGAGAGGAGGCACUGGCAGAGGCGUUCCUUUGUGUGUUAGUUUGGUCUGUUCUCUUGGAGUUGGUGGGCACCUCACGUAUUUGUAAAUUGGUAUAAAUUAUAUACGUUUUUGUCAGUCUGCCUAUUCCAGUUCCCUUCUUGUAUUAUGAGCUCUUCCCAUUCUUUCCACCCUGCAGGAGGGCUCUGCAUGAUAACACCAGCAUAUCUUGUCCUCUGGGGACCUCCUGUCUUCCCUGCUUUUAGAUGUAUGGUAGACUUUGUUGUGUUUGCUUCUGUGUGGACAAUACCUACUUUGGGGGAGUGAGUGAGGGAGGGUGAGAUGGGGAUGGAGAUUUUUUAUAAUAAAGAAAUGUACAUACUUUUGAGAAUUGAGCAUUUAAUAAAACUGAAUUUAAUUAUGGGA